AGGAGUAGUUCACUUGUACCCGGUUUUGAAGAUGGACGAAUCUUUAAAAAUGGAUUGCAAGGUUCCCGUCGACUUUAUCGAUGUAUGCCGCACUUGUCUGCGUAAAAUAAGCGACGCGACGCAAUUAUUUUACAUCGUCACAAACGAGGCGACCACCGUUCAGUCUGUACGAUACAAGCUCGAGGAUUGCAUUCCGAGCUUGGAUCUUAGUCUCACGUCGAAUCCUGUCGUGUGCAAAGAUUGCUUCGAUGCGAUUAAUCUCAUGCACAGUUUCAAGGAGAACUGCUUGCAGUACGAGUUUUACAUUAAGAAUUACGCGGAGACAGCGUGCCUGCCCGAUAAUUGCGUUGAGCUUGCGGAAAUGGUGCGCGAAAACGAAAAGAUGUGGCUGUCGUGGAUUUCCCCCGAUCUGAAACCGAACUGCACGUUGGUUGAAGACAACGGAAACUUAGAGUGUUACACUGACUCGAACGUUAAACAAGAGCCGGUCGAGUACGACCAAACGGACUAUGAGCCGAUCGACAAGGAAGAGGAGCUAAAGGAGGCAGUUGUGAAAAGCGAGGUGAAGAGUCAGGAGUACUACUGCAACGACUGCACUUAUAACACGAAUUCGAAAUCGAAGCUCUUAAUCCACUUACAGUCACAUGUCGUUGAAACAACGCUGUUAGAGAUCAUUCGGCAAGAAGCGGAGCAGGACGACGAGAGUGUAGACGAUGACGACGACGACUACAUUCCCUACUCGCAAAAGCGGCACAUCUGCAAAAUCUGUAAGUACACGACGGAUCGCCGCAGUAAACUAAAGGUUCACAUGAAGACGCACAGAAAGCUGAAAUCGUUCAAGAAGCUAGACCUGCGCAACAUGCGCAACGUUCUGUACAAGUGCUCGAAGUGCUCGUUCACGACGGCGGAAAAACAAGAACUGAGCAGUCACGUCAAAGUGCACAGCUUUCAGAAGCGCUUCGUCUGCUUCCUCUGCGGCUACAGCAGUAACCAGCGCGGCAACCUCAACAUGCACGCGCGCAUUCACACCGACGAGAAGCUCUUCAAGUGCGAGUACUGCAACUACAGCAGCCACCAGAAGAACAAUCUCAAAAUACACACGAUGCUGCACACCGGCGAGACGCCGUACUCGUGCGCCGUCUGCAGCUUUCGGACGGUCUACAAGCACGCGCUCGACGUGCACACGCGAAUUCACACCGGCGAGAAGCCGUACAAGUGCAACGUCUGCUCGUACAGCAGCAUCUACAAGCAGAGCCUGAACGUGCACGAGCGCAUACAUCUGAAGGAGAAGCCGUUCAAGUGCACGCAGUGCAGCUACUCAUCCUGUCAGCGAUCGAACUUAAACGUCCACCUGAAAAAGUUUCAUCCCGAACUGGGCGAACAGUCGAUGUCAUGUUACCGAAAAAUGAGUAUAACGUGCAAGUUAUGUAAGGAAACUGUCGAAACUCCGCACUACUUCCACCUGUCCGGCCCCAGCUUCAUUUCCAAGGGUUUGAAGUUAAGGGAUUUGUUGGAAUGUUGCAUUCCCGAUCUCAAUUUGCCGCACGACAAUUGCGAUCAGGUGUGUCACAAUUGCACUUCGGCCCUGCACAUCGCGUACAACUUUCGAAUGACCGUCCGUAGCAAUUUUCCCUCAGCCGCCAACGAGGACGCAACUGAGACACCUGUCGAGCUCCCGGAGUUGCCGAACUCGCGUGCGCGUAUCUGUCACGUUUGCGGGAAACGCCUAUCCGGCCCGUCGACUCUGAGCAUCCACAUGAAGAUUCACACGGGAGUUAAGGCGUACCUGUGCGAGCGGUGCGGAAAGCCGUUUCGAGCGAUCGGCAUGCUGCAACUUCACCAGCGAGUACACGCGAACGAGAAGCGUUUCAAGUGCGCGCUGUGCGAUUAUGGUGCGACGAGGAAAGCCCACCUUCAAAGCCAUAUGAAGGUGCAUAUGGACGCGAACGAUUUAAAUGAGUGUUUGACUUGCGGUAAGCGCUACGCUAGCAAAAUCUUGUUGUACAAACAUCGAAAGAUGCAUGACAUCGCCACGGUACAAAGUGAAUUUGUUUAGUUUGGUUUUGGUGUUUUAGGCGAUCACCAUUGCUCUAAUUUAUAAAUCGUGCAUUUUAUUCGUACUUUUUGGACAACAGCAUUUGUCUUUUGUUAUGGGGAAACUGUAACAAUUUUUGUCUUCACCCUGUAUUGGGUAGGUAACGCAUUUUCUAUACUGAGAUGGCGUUUUUCAUACCUGGUACUUAUUUGGUAAAGUUUUUUUAAAGUAAUUUUCUUUAAAUUAAACCUUUAUCAAAGGUCGUUGUUUUACUAAUUCAUUUAUAUUGCCUCUGUAAUUGUUUAAACAAUGAUAAUGGGAAAAGAGGUAAUGGUUGUAUGGUAAAAAUCACGUGUAUGACAAUUGACUCUCCCCCUUUUAAUUUGAUUUAAAUUUCUAACCUUACUUUUUGCAUUUCUAAUUUUCGUACCAAAAAAGACUAAAACUAGCGAAUUCGUUGAAAAGUUGGGUAAAAGUCGAUUGUUUCUCAAUUAUCGACCAGUAAGAAACGAAAGAUACGAAACUAAAUUUAUUUUAAGCGAUUAAUAAACAGGCGUUUUGAACAUUAUUAUAUUUUUCAAAUACGAAGGCAAAUUCAACGAUUUAACAACAUCAUGAAAUUGGUAAGGAUGGCGUAUGUUGAAGGAACGUUGUAUGAAGACCCGCGAUUGAUUUCGGCUGAGUUCCAACAGCGACGGCAACUCGGGUACGGUCCACACUUUGCUCGCGAUCAAAUCGUGCUCCUCCAAGUACAAGCCGCAGUAAUCCAACAGUUGCUGCUUCUCGGCGAAGGAAAGUGAGAAGAAGCUCAGCGCGUUCACCACGUUAUUUUGUAUCGCGAUCAACUCGAACGGAUAGUACGUACUUUCGAUUUGUUUCUUGAACAGCUCGAUGAUGAGGUCGCGUUUCACGUCGUUCACACUAAAGAUGAAAGCCGGCUGAGGAAAUAAGUUGAAGGCGCCAUCCAAAUCGAGCGAAUGCGCGAGAUAACCCCCCGCGUACAAGAAAAUAUGCAACUCCUCGUUGAAACCGUACAGCACCGACGCGAAAUUAAUGUCGGACGUAUUCACAACGUAACCGAGCCCUAGGCACAUCAGUAUUAUCGAAACGCGAUCGUCCACCUCGACGUCGAACCAAUAAAACGUCUUGAGCAACUUGGAGAAGAGGCCGUACUCGAACGCCUCGUAAGCGAAGUAACUCUUACAGUGCUCCAUUAGAUCGAACGCGAUCGGCGAGCUCAAAAUCGUGUACAUGCACUCGAGCCAUUCGCUCGCCGAAAACGAGAGCGUCUCGAUGAAGUUCAACAGGAAGGACUCCCUACGGGCGAGCAGCGUUUUCUGGUCGAGUUUUGACCAGAUCAGCUUAAACAGGUCGGCUGAGUCGUAGUACAGCGACAGAGCUAACGCGGUGCUCCCGUCGAAGGUGAUCGAAUUGACGUCGAUACCUGCGUGAACGAGAUCGAAAGCCAGCGAGCUCUUGUGCCAGGCGGCCAAGUGUAAUGCGUUGUAGCCGUCCAGGUCUGCGUCCAAGAAUUCGUCGUAGUAGUUGAAUAGGACCUCGGCGAUGUCCGUACGGUUGCGGUACAAGGCUAGGGUGAACGCGGUCAUGUUGUCCUUACAGAGCAUGCUGACGUCGGCGCCGUACGUCAGUAACAUACAGACGGCUUCCAGGUUAUCGUUAUCCACGGCGUAAUGCAAGGGGGUA